AUGGCUCCUCUAUGCGCAGACCCUCGCCAGGUCGUCAUCGCCCUCGACCGGGACAGACGAGCGGCAUUGCUCGGGCUGGUUGAAGAAAUCACUGCCUUUAUGACGCUGGAGCUGAUGAACCCGACCGACGACGGUGACGACGGUGACGACGGCAACGACGGCAACGACGGCAACGACGGCAACGACGGCAACGACGGCAACGACAGCAAUGCUGACGGCAGCGGUCAAAAACACCAGUUGACAACGACGACGACGACGGCGGCGGCGGCUGGCACCCUCCCCUUCAGUCCAACCCCAGCUCCCGCGCCAGACUCGCUCGCACUCCCCCCAACCGACAAGUUGGCCGACGAUAUCCAGGAAGCCGCCGUGAUACACAUGCAGGACUGGAAAAACGACUUCCUUCCAAAGCUCCGAGAGCUGCUAGAGGUGCACGACACUGCCGAAAUCGAGGCCCAACGCCAAGCUCGUCGGGACGCCAUGGACAAGCAGCAGCUCGAUACCCCCGACCCAGGCGAGCUCCUCGUCAGCCCCGGCGGCAUCCAGGUCGACCAGUCCGAGGACGUGCCCUCCCUCGCGCAGCUCCAUCACCCCAUCCCCACGACACUCGCCGCCGUCCCCUGCCAAGACAGGAGGGAGGCGCUCAGCUGCGUCCUGCUGCUGCUGCUCUCCACCGGCAAGUACUCGGCCCACUCGCGAAUCCUGAUGCUGUACCUCGCCUCGGCGCUGCAAGUCCCGCAGACCUUUGUCGACGCCCAAGAGGCGGAGAUUGCGCAGUCGCUCAUCGAGUCCUCCGCCGCGGACGCGGACCCGGACAAGAAGGCGGCCAUGUCGGCCGAGGCAGAAGCCGAGAAGCGCCGGCAGCAGAACCAGUCGAGCCGCUUCUGGAAGGUCGGUCUGGCGUCGGUGGCCGGCGCCGCCAUCAUCGGCGUCACGGGGGGGCUGGCCGCGCCGCUCGUGGCGGGAGCGCUUGGCGGCAUCAUGGGCGGCGUGGGACUCGGCGGCGUGGCCGGCUUUUUGGGAAUCUUUUGGGCGAACGGGGCUCUCGUGGGCGCUCUCUUUGGGGCGUACGGGGCCAAAAUGACGGGCGAGCUCAUGGACAAAUACGCCAAAGAGGUCGAAGACUUUAAGUUCAUCCCCCUCGAAUCGGAGCCCGCGGCAGCGGCGUCGACGUCGGUCGAGAAGCAUGCAGCGCAGCGCCGCCUCCGCGUCACCAUUGGCAUCAACGGCUGGCUCAACUCGGAAGACGACGUCGCCAGGCCGUGGCGCGUGCUCGACUCGUCGUCCGAAGUCUUUGCCCUCCGGUACGAGAUGAAGACGCUCCUCGGCCUCGGCACGGCCCUGCAGGACCUCGUCUCGUCCUUUGCCUGGAAGACGCUCAAGGCCGAGGUCAUCAAGCGCACCGUGCUGGCGACCCUCUGGGCCGCCCUGUGGCCCAUGCAGCUCCUCGCCGCCGCCUCGAGCGUCGACAACCCGUUCAGCCGGGCCAGCAACCGCUCCCAAAAGGCGGGCCGCCUGCUCGCCGACGCCCUCGUCAACAAGGUCCAGGGCGAGCGGCCAGUCACCCUCGUCGGCUACUCGCUCGGCGCCCUGGCCAUCCACGCCUGCCUCGAGUCGCUGGCCCAGCGCCGCGCGUUUGGCCUCGUCGACGCCGUCGUCCUGAUUGGCACGCCGGCCCCCUCCGACGCCGCCCACUGGCGAGCCCUGCGGCCCGUCGUCUCCGGGCCCAUCUUCAACGUCUACUCCGAGAACGACAUGGUCCUCGGCUUCGUGUACCGCAUGCACAGCCUCGCCCUCGGCGUGGCCGGCCUCCAGGCCAUCCGGGGCGUCCGCGGCAUCCGCAACGUCAACCUCAGCCAGCGCGUAAGCGGGCACCUGCGCUACCCGUCUCUGACGGGCGAGAUCCUCCGCCGAUGCGGCUUCGAAAACGUCCGUGCGGGGACCGAGAUUGAAAAGGACGACCUCAUCAGGAUGAAGGACGAGCAUGCCGAGGCCAGUGCCGAAGCCAGUGCCGAGGCCGGAGCCGAGACCAGUGCUGACAGCAGGGGUGAAGAGGGCCAAGAGGGAACCCAAAAUCACAAGUAG